AUGGAAAGCCGUCAGAUUGCUGCAGAAAGGAGAGGAGGAGGAGGUGGAGGAGGAGGCAAAAUAAAGAACACCAAUAUUGAGUAUGAAAGGGAACAGCUGAGAAGACAGAGUAGCAGUGAUUCUGAUCAGCAGAGAGGUACUGGAGGAGGAAAGAAAACAGGAGAUAAUGAUAAGGGGGUCAUGGUCACAAUGAUGCUGUCAUCUGGAGUAUCUUCCUCACACCCAGUGCUGCCACCUGGUGUAUCAUCACUGCAGCCAGUGCUGCCACCUGGAGAGUUUUCCUCACACCCAGUGCUGUCUUCUGGUGGGUAUUCCUCACAGCCAGACACUGAAGCUCUUAUAUUGAAUGGUUCAGAACCUCCAAAUCGAGGUUUCCAGCAAAAGAGGUCAUAUGAUUUGGAUAGUGGUCAGAGAUGUUGCACGCCGACAGUGAUUGAUCCUCCAGUAUCUGCACCAAAGAGGUUUAAGCUAGGAAUCAGGGUAUUUUGAAGGCCAGAUGUUACUGUUAAGAUGUGGACAAGCUAUAAAGAUUCUUAUUAGUGUGGAAGAAGAAUGCAGUGUCCACAUGUCACAAGGUUCAGGAACAUAAUAUCUUGAUAAUCUCCAGUGGAAUAGGAUUCUAUCUAAGCACAGUAUCACCAUGUAGACUAUUGCUGAGAGACACUCAGCUGAUUUUAUUUGGUUGAUCUUACAAAGUAACUUAAGAACAGUAACAACUAAAAAUUGCUGCUGAUCAUAGGCUGUGAAUUUAUAUAUAAUAUAAGUGUUUUUGUAUACAUGUAUUUUUCUUGCUUACUCGUGUUCACUUGCUAUUGAUUUUAUAAUUAUUUUGAUUUAAUGUAAUUCACUUUUGGCAUAGAUUUUUUUAACCUUUUACAAAGUACAUUUUCAAAACAUAUUAAUCGCUUCUGAUCAUAGGCUGUUAUGAUUAAAAAGAGCUACAAUAUCUGUGUUUUUGUUUGUA